GAGACUUAAUGAUCUCUACCUACAUCCCACAAGUUAUUUGGACAAGGCCAAAUGGGUUUUUUAAAAGUAAGGGCAUAAUUUUCGUUGAUAUGCAUCAUAGUCAUGUUUACGACGAUGUUAUUAGAGCAUUGAAUGUGGAAGGUUUGGACAUUAUAGAAAUUCCAGAAAAUGAGUUGGAUGGAUGGAGAAAGGAAAAAGAGGAUACACCAAAAAUAGCAAUCCACAAAAAGCACCCUAUAAACAAGUUUGCAACAGGGCUUAUGUUAGACCCUGACGGGAGUGAAGAUUAUAAAAUAUUAAAUCGACUUCAAGCUAUUGUUGAAAACUGCCUAAAUAAAUUGUCAAUUGAAGAUAUGUCUUCAAGAGAUGAAUCAAGUCCUAGUAAUAGUAGUGCAUUACAUAAUGAUGAACUAGAUAACACUGGAUCAGAUGACGAUGAUGAAGACAUCAUGGAUGAUGAUGAUAUUGUUUUUGACAGUACCAAUAUCAUGGAUGAUGAUAUUUUUUUUGAUGAUAACCAUGAAAAUGAUAUUUUUUUUGUUGGUAAUGAAUAUACCAUGAAUGAUAAUGAUAUUGUUUUUGGUAAUAGUUAUGAGCAGUUAAUGUAA